GUUUGAAGGUGCACCGAAAAAACCCUAGUCCAAAGGAAUAAUAAUCAACGGGGAAGAAGAGAAAGGAGGCUAUAUUCAAGGAAUGAAAGGCGGCGGUGUGAUGCACUUGUCGGCGCCGAUUCCCAAUAAAAAUAUUGAUCUGUUAAGGUCAUUCAAUUCCAGACCAUUAACAACAGCUCUCUUCCAAGCCAUUUCCAAAUCUUCUUCUUCUCUUCCCAUGGCUGCUCAAAUUUCCACCGUUUCUACUGAAAAUUCAGCUCCACAUGAGCCCACCCAAAAGACCAUUUUACCCCUACAGGCAUCAAAGCGGUUGGAGAAGUUCAAGACUACAAUCUUCACCCAAAUGAGUAUGCUUGCAGUCAAACAUGGAGCAAUAAACCUUGGCCAAGGCUUCCCCAACUUCGACGGCCCUGAAUUUGUCAAAGAAGCUGCGAUUCAAGCUAUAAAAGAUGGGAAGAACCAAUACGCCCGUGGGUAUGGUGUCGCCGACCUUAAUUCCGCCGUGGCUGACAGGUUCAAGAAAGACACUGGGCUGGUGGUAGACCCAGAAAAGGAAGUCACGGUCACAUCUGGGUGCACAGAAGCAAUUGCGGCCACCAUUUUGGGCUUGAUAAAUCCUGGUGAUGAGGUAAUCCUCUUUGCUCCAUUUUAUGACUCUUAUGAAGCCACUCUAUCAAUGGCCGGAGCCAAAAUCAAGUCCAUCACCCUCCGACCUCCAGACUUCGCUGUACCCCUUGACGAGCUCAAGUCUGCGGUGUCAAAGAACACUCGGGCAAUACUCAUAAACACUCCACACAAUCCAACCGGAAAGAUGUUCACUAGAGAAGAACUCAACACGAUUGCUUCUCUUUGCAUCGAGAACGAUGUUUUGGCAUUCUCGGAUGAAGUCUAUGAUAAGCUGGCAUUUGAGGCUGAUCAUAUUUCCUUGGCUUCACUGCCGGGCAUGUAUGAGAGGACGGUGACAAUGAACUCUCUUGGGAAGACCUUCUCAUUAACUGGGUGGAAGAUCGGGUGGGCCAUUGCUCCGGUGCAUCUGACAUGGGGAUUGAGGCAGGCGCACUCAUUCCUCACCUUUGCCACCUCAACCCCAAUGCAGUGGGCUGCAGCAACAGCACUCCGGGCACCUGAUUCCUACUACGACGAGUUGAAGAAGGAUUACAUGGCUAAGAAGGCGAUACUGGUGGAGGGCUUGAAGGCUGCCGGUUUUGAGGUGUACCCAUCAAGUGGGACCUACUUUGUGGUGGUCAAUCACACUCCAUUUGGGUUCGAAAACGACAUUGCAUUCUGUGAGUAUCUGAUCCGUGAAGUGGGUGUUGUUGCAAUCCCGACUAGCGUGUUCUACCUCAACCCGGAAGACGGAAAGAAUCUGGUGAGGUUCACCUUCUGUAAGGAUGAUGAGACUCUUAGGAAGGCUGUUGAGAGGAUGAAAGAGAAGCUGGGGAGAAAGUGAGGAAGAUUUUGUUUGUUGUUUGACCUCGCAGUAAUUAUGGAUUACGGUAGUUAAUAAUGGUUAUUGAAGUUUAAUUAGGAGUAUGGGAAUUUUAAAAGGGUGGGUGGUAUGAAAAGAUACUGAUUUUGGGUUACCCCAGCUUUGUGAAUUGCAGCCAAGCUGUCCCAUUAACAAGAAUGCCAUCGUUACCUGCUUCUUCGCGGAUGGAUGGGUUUUUAUCUUGGUACAUUUGCAUGAGUUGGGUCCAUUCAUCAGUUGGGGACCAUGGUGAUGAUAACCUAGCCCAAAAGUUAAGGUCGGUCCGCCCCGUGAGUCGGUCAAGCAUGUAUUAGAACAAUGGAUGGUCAGAAGAAAAUGACUAAUGAGCAGUAUUCCUUCCACUGGCAAGGCGUGUUUGCAUUUGCCAGGCCCACCUGAUAAGAGGCCUUAUCUGUAUGAUUUUUGGCCUACGCUCCAUUCACAAUGGAAUGCACGGUUUGGAUGGUUGAGAUUGGUCAUUGGUGUGCUUGUAUGCCGUUGACGAGUUGCAAGGCAUCCUACCUGCACCAUUUGUAAACCUGUCCGACUGUGUAUUUUAUUCACAUCAAUGGAAAUUAAAUGACUCUAGUGUUAAUUUGA